GGUGAUCGUCAUUAACGCAUCCACCGCGCCAAGACGGGGAGGAGGAUUAAGCCGCCCCACCCCAGGUCCAACCACAUCUCCCCCCCAAAGUGCGCGCGGCACUUAUGGAUGGAUGGAUGGAUUGUUGGAUGUACUUACAUGUAAUGUGUGUAUGUGUGUAUGUGUGUAAUGUCUGUGAGUAUAUGGACGUGUGUACGUACAGCAGUAUACGAGCCGGUCUUGGCAAGCCUCCCGUCUUCUUGUCGUUUCUUGUGUUUUGAUUUUGAUUCUUUUCUUUUCUCUCUCCCUCUCUCUCUGUUUUUUUUUCUUUCCAUCUCUCUACACACACCUCUCUCUGUGUCCCUCUCUCUCUCACUCUCCUCUUUCUCUCCCUGUCUCGUUGCCCUGGACGUAUCCCUUCUUCUUCCCGCGCAUUGUGGCGUGACCUCUCUCGUAAACUAUUAUUAUUAUCACCUAUUUCCCAUUUCCUAUUUCCUAUGUAAGUCGCGAACGCAUUCGCGACGCACCCCCCUGGGGGGGGGGGGAUGGGGGGAGAAAGCUUGGCGCUCGGCCAGUUACCAUCUUGGCGGCCGGCCGUCGAUAUAGACAACCCAGUCAAUCCUGCAACAUCUAAUCUCUCCACCGAACCCGGCCAAAAGGCCACCCCCGAUCUGAUCUCGGAGAUACCAUGUGAGCCUAUGUAAAAGUACGUGGAUUUGAUGUCUGUGUGUGUAUGUAUGCUAUGGAUGCAUGCAUGCCUAAGUGAGGUCUAGGCACGUACGGCUAUGCAGAGGUAUACACGAGG